UAAAGCGACCCCUCCAUGGAAAACCAAAAGCAAGGCAGCGAGCUGCAAAGUCCAUCUAACCCCAUCUACUCCCUCCCCACCCUCCUAUCGACACUGAUUGCGGAGAUGAGGAGCUCCAUGGCUCUGGUGGCCGCGGCGGCGCUGCUGCUGCUGGUGUCGCUGGCGGCGGCGGCGGACAUGUCGAUCGUGUCGUACGGGGAGAGGAGCGAGGAGGAGGUCCGCCGGAUGUACGUGGAGUGGAUGGCGGAGAACGGGAGGACCUACAACGCCAUCGGCGAGGAAGAGAGGAGGUUCGAGGUGUUCAGGGACAACCUGCGCUACGUCGACCAGCACAACGCCGCCGCCGACGCAGGGCUCCACUCCUUCCGCCUCGGCCUCAACCGCUUCGCCGACCUCACCAACGAGGAGUACCGCGACACCUACCUCGGCGUCCGGACCAAGCCGGUGAGGGAGCGGAGGCUGAGCGGCAGGUACCAGGCCGCCGACAACGAGGAGCUGCCGGAGUCCGUCGACUGGAGGGAGAAGGGGGCCGUUGCCAAGGUCAAGGACCAGGGCGGCUGUGGGAGUUGCUGGGCUUUCUCAGCAAUUGCUGCUGUUGAAGGUAUCAACCAGAUCGUCACAGGUGACAUGAUCGCUCUGUCCGAGCAAGAGCUAGUUGAUUGUGACACAUCAUACAACCAGGGGUGCAAUGGAGGUCUGAUGGACUAUGCAUUUGAGUUCAUCAUUAACAAUGGUGGAAUUGACAGCGAGGAAGACUACCCUUACAAGGAGAGGGACAACCGUUGUGAUGCUAACAAGAAAAAUGCAAAGGUUGUCACAAUUGAUGGGUAUGAGGAUGUACCCGUGAACAGUGAGCUGAGUCUGAAGAAGGCAGUUGCAAACCAGCCCAUCAGUGUCGCUAUUGAGGCUGGUGGCAGGGCAUUCCAGCUCUACAAAUCGGGUAUCUUCACGGGAAGAUGUGGAACAGCUCUUGACCAUGGUGUCACCGCAGUUGGUUAUGGUUCAGAAAACGGCAAGGACUACUGGAUUGUGAAGAAUUCUUGGGGCACCGUCUGGGGUGAGGAUGGCUACGUCCGGUUGGAGCGUAACAUCAAGGCAACCAGCGGCAAAUGUGGAAUCGCCAUUGAGCCUUCUUACCCCCUCAAGAAGGGCGCUAACCCCCCGAACCCUGGCCCAACUCCGCCAUCCCCUGCCCCACCAUCAACCGUCUGUGACAGCUACAACGAGUGCCCUGCGAGCACGACCUGUUGCUGCAUUUACACCUACGGCAAGGAGUGCUUUGCCUGGGGCUGCUGCCCACUCGAGGGCGCUACCUGCUGUGAUGAUCACUACAGCUGCUGCCCCCACAGCUACCCAAUCUGCAACGUCCAGCAGGGAACUUGCCUCGCGGGUAAGGACAGCCCAAUGUCAGUGAAGGCUCUGAAGCGUAUUCUGGCCAAGCCACACGGUACCUUCUCCGGGAAGAGCAGCGCAUAAGCAAUUGCAGCAUGCCCAUUAGACCCAUCGACAACCACUGUGAUGAACUUCCACAAAUGAUCACCUGGUUACUGACGAAGGCGCGGGGUGACCGAUCGCUGCGCGCAAGUAUCUCCUUUAUAAUAGAUGCCCAUGUACAUAAACCUAAAAAUUGGGUUCGGUCAUUUACAGAACCGCCAAAUUUGCUAUUGCAUAAUGUAUAUGUAAAAUUCAUCAACAUUCCUGUGCGGUUUGAGACUGCACUUGUUACUACGGAGAUUGGUAAAUGGAACAAGAUAAGCAGAUUGCAAACAUUUAUGCAUAAUGCGUGUGUAUGAUGUUCCGCAA